AUGCCCCAGGCCUACCCCCGACACCGACCUGGUAGCCACGCGGGCCCCAAAAGCCUCAAAGUUAUCCCAGCAGCAACUAUGUACACUUUCCUGCCUGACAAUUUUUCUCCUGCCAAACCCAAGGCCACCAAAGAGCUGAGGCCUCUGCUGGGCUCCGCAGUCCUGGGACUGCUGCUGGUGCUGGCGGCUGCUGUGGCCUGGUGCUACUACAGCGCCUCGCUCCGCAAGGCGGAACGCCUGCGCGCCGAGCUGCUGGACCUGAACCGUGGAGGCUUUUCCAUCCGUAACCAGAAGGGUGAGCAAGUCUUCCGCUUGGCCUUCCGUUCGGGUGCGCUGGACCUUGACUCCUGCAGCCGGGAGGGUGCCCUGCUUGGCUGCUCCCGGGCGGCCGAUGGGCGCCCGUUGCACUUCUUCAUCCAGACUGUACGACCCAAGGACACUGUCAUGUGCUACCGCGUGCGCUGGGAAGAAGCUGCGCCAGGGCGUGCUGUAGAGCACGCGAUGUUUCUGGGAGAUGCUGCGGCGCACUGGUAUGGCGGCGCUGAGAUGAGGACGCAACACUGGCCCAUCCGACUGGAUGGCCAGCAGGAGCCGCAGCCAUUUGUCACGAGCGACGUCUACUCUUCUGACGCCGCAUUCGGGGGCAUCCUGGAGCGCUACUGGCUAUCUUCACGCGCGGCCGCCAUCAAAGUCAACGAUUCAGUGCCUUUCCACCUGGGCUGGAACAGCACGGAGCGUUCGAUGCGACUGCAGGCACGCUACCACGACACAUCUUACAAGCCACCAGCUGGCCGCAUUGCGGCGCCGGAGCUCAGCUAUCGCGUGUGCGUGGGCUCUGAUGUCACCUCCAUCCACAAGUACAUGGUUCGGCGUUACUUCAACAAGCCAUCCAGGGUACCAGCGUCAGAGGCCUUCCGAGACCCCAUCUGGUCCACGUGGGCGCUGUAUGGGCGUGCUGUGGACCAGAACAAGGUGCUGCAAUUCGCCCAGCAGAUCCGCCAGCACCGCUUCAACAGCAGCCACCUGGAAAUCGAUGACAUGUACACGCCCGCCUAUGGCGACUUCGAUUUCGACGAGGGCAAGUUCCCCAACGCCACCGACAUGUUCCGCCGCCUGCGAGACGCUGGCUUCCGUGUCACACUUUGGGUGCAUCCGUUUGUCAACUACAACUCAUCGCGCUUCGGCGAGGGCGUGGAGCGCGAGCUGUUCGUGCGCGAGCCCACCGGCCGGCUCCCCGCGCUGGUGCGCUGGUGGAACGGCAUUGGUGCGGUACUGGACUUCACGCGCCCGGAGGCCCGGGAGUGGUUCCAAGGACACCUACGGCGCCUGCGCUCACGCUACAACGUGGCCUCCUUUAAGUUCGAUGCGGGUGAGGUCAGCUACCUGCCCCGGGACUUCAGCACCUACAGGCCUCUGCCCGACCCCAGUGUGUGGAGCCGACGGUACACCGAGAUGGCGCUGCCCUUCUUCUCGCUGGCCGAGGUCCGCGUCGGGUACCAGUCCCAGAACAUUUCCUGCUUCUUCCGCCUAGUGGACCGCGACUCGGUAUGGGGCUACGACCUGGGACUGCGCUCUCUUAUCCCUGCAGUGCUCACCGUCAGUAUGCUCGGCUAUCCGUUCAUCCUGCCCGAUAUGGUAGGUGGCAACGCGGUGCCAGAGCGCACAGCCGGCCGCCAAGAUGGACCGGGACCGGAGCGCGAGCUCUACGUGCGCUGGUUGGAGGUGGCCGCCUUCAUGCCUGCCAUGCAGUUUUCAAUCCCGCCCUGGCAGUACGAUGCAGAAGUGGUAGCCAUCGCACACAAGUUCGCCGCCCUUCGCGCCUCGCUUGUGGCGCCACUGCUGCUCGAGCUUGCUGGCGAGGUCACCGACACUGGCGACCCCAUCGUGCGCCCCCUAUGGUGGAUCGCACCCGGGGAUGAAACGGCUCACCGCAUUGACUCACAGUUCCUUAUCGGGGACACGCUGUUGGUGGCACCGGUGCUGGAGCCGGGUAAGCAGGAACGAGAUGUCUAUCUGCCCGCCGGCAAGUGGCGCAGCUACAAGGGUGAGCUUUUUGACAAGACGCCGGUGCUGCUCACGGAUUACCCGGUCGACCUGGAUGAGGUCGCCUAUUUCACCUGGGCGUCCUGACCCAGCUCAGAACCUAGGAACUCCACAGCCCUAAUCCCAUCCCUCAUACAGACUUUUAAUCUUC